AUGGCCGGCUCACCUGUGCCCACGGUGGUGCCUCUGGGCCCCGAGAGCCUGCGCCCCUUCACCCGGGAGUCCCUGGCGGCCAUAGAACGGCGGGUGUUGGAGGAGGAGGCCCGGCAGCAGCGGAACAAACAGAUGGAGGUUGAGGAGGACGCGCGGAAGCCGCGCAGCGACCUGGAGGCUGGCAAGAACCUGCCCCUUAUCUAUGGGGACCCCCCGCCCGAGGUCAUCGGCAUCCCCCUCGAGGACCUAGAUCCCUACUACAGCGACAAGAAGACCUUCAUCGUGCUCAACAAGGGCAAGUCCAUCUUCCGCUUCUCUGCCAGGCCUGCUCUCUACCUGCUGAGCCCCUUCAGCACCGUCAGACGCUGCGCCAUCAAGGUGCUCAUCCACUCGCUGUUCAGCAUGUUUAUCAUGAUCACCAUCCUGACCAACUGCGUGUUCAUGACCAUGAGUGACCCGCCUCCCUGGUCCAAGCACGUGGAGUACACCUUCACAGGGAUUUACACCUUUGAGUCCCUCAUCAAGAUCCUGGCCCGAGGCUUCUGCAUCGACGGCUUCACGUUCCUCCGGGACCCCUGGAACUGGCUGGACUUCAGCGUCAUCGUGAUGGCGUACCUGACGGAGUUUGUGGACUUGGGCAACAUCUCAGCCCUGAGAACCUUCCGGGUGCUGCGGGCCCUGAAAACCAUCACGGUCAUCCCAGGGCUGAAGACCAUCGUGGGGGCCCUGAUCCAGUCAGUGAAAAAGCUGUCCGAUGUGAUGAUCCUCACCGUCUUCUGCCUGAGUGUCUUUGCCCUGGUGGGGCUGCAGCUCUUCAUGGGAAACCUGCGGCAGAAGUGCCUGCGCUGGCCUCCGCCCUUCAAUGACACCAACACCACGUGGUACGGCAAUGACACCUGGUACGGCAAUGACACCUGGUACGGCAAUGACACCUGGUACGGCAAUGACACCUGGUACGGCAAUGACACCUGGAACAGCCGGGAGAGCUGGGCCAACAACUAUACCUUUGACUGGGACACCUACAUCAGUGAUGAAGGGAACUUCUAUUUCCUGGAGGGCUCCAACGACGCCCUGCUCUGUGGGAACAGCAGUGAUGCUGGGCACUGUCCCGAGGGUUAUGAGUGCAUCAAGGCCGGGCGGAACCCCAACUACGGCUACACCAGCUACGACACCUUCAGCUGGGCCUUCCUGGCUCUCUUCCGCCUCAUGACACAGGACUAUUGGGAGAACCUCUUCCAGCUGACCCUUCGCGCAGCCGGCAAGACCUACAUGAUCUUCUUCGUGGUCAUCAUUUUCCUGGGCUCCUUCUACCUCAUCAACCUGAUCCUGGCGGUGGUGGCCAUGGCAUAUGCUGAGCAGAACGAGGCCACCUUGGCUGAGGAUCAGGAGAAAGAGGAAGAGUUUCAGCAGAUGAUGGAGAAGUUCAAAAAGCAGCAGGAGGAACUGGAGAAGGCCAAGGCCGCCCAGGCUCUGGAAGGUGGGGAGGUAGUCGGGGACCCAGCCCACAGCAAAGACUGCAACGGCAGCCUGGACACAUCGGCGGGGGAGAAGGGGCCCCCGAGGCCGAGCGGCAGCGCUGACAGCGGCAUCUCAGAUGCUAUGGGAGAGCUGGAAGAGGCCCACCAGAAGUGCCCACCAUGGUGGUACAAGUGUUCCCAGAAGGUGCUCAUAUGGAACUGCUGCACCCCGUGGUUGAAGUUCAAGAAGAUCGUGAAGCUGAUCGUCAUGGACCCCUUCGUGGACUUGGGCAUCACCAUCUGCAUCGUGCUCAACACCCUCUUCAUGGCCAUGGAGCAUUACCCCAUGACCGAGCAGUUCGACCGAGUGCUCAACGUGGGCAACCUGGUCUUCACGGGCAUCUUCACGGCAGAGAUGGUGCUGAAGCUCAUCGCCUUGGACCCCUACGAGUACUUCCAGCAGGGCUGGAACAUCUUCGACAGUAUCAUCGUCACCCUCAGCCUGGUGGAACUGGGCCUGGCCAACGUGCAGGGGCUGUCCGUGCUCCGCUCCUUCCGUCUGCUGCGGGUCUUCAAGCUGGCCAAGUCGUGGCCGACGCUGAACAUGCUCAUCAAGAUCAUUGGCAACUCGGUGGGGGCGCUGGGCAACCUGACGCUGGUGCUGGCCAUCAUCGUGUUCAUCUUCGCCGUGGUGGGCAUGCAGCUCUUCGGCAAGAGCUACAAGGAGUGCGUGUGCAAGAUCGCCGCCGACUGCAGCCUGCCCCGCUGGCACAUGCACGACUUCUUCCACUCCUUCCUCAUCGUCUUCCGCAUCCUGUGCGGGGAGUGGAUCGAGACCAUGUGGGACUGCAUGGAGGUGGCCGGCCAGGCCAUGUGCCUCACCGUCUUCCUCAUGGUCAUGGUCAUCGGCAACCUGGUGGUCCUGAAUCUCUUCUUGGCCCUGCUGCUCAGCUCCUUCAGCGCCGACAGCCUGGCGGCCUCGGACGAGGACGGCGAGAUGAACAACCUGCAGAUCGCCAUCGCGCGCAUCAAGUGGGGCUUCGGCUUCACCAAAGCCUUCCUCGUGGGGCUGCUGCACGGCAAGAUCCUGAGCCCCAAGGUUAUCAUGCUCAGCCUUGGGGGGAUUGGCGAGGCCGGCGAGGCCAGCGAGGCUGGGGAAAGUGCCUCCGAGGAUGAGAAGAAGGAGCCACCGCCAGAGGAAGAUGACAAGGACCUCAAGAAGGACAAUCACAUCCUGAACCACAUGGGCCUGGCUGACGGCCCUCCCUCCAGCAUCGAGCUGGAUCACCUCAACUUCAUCAACAACCCCUACCUGACCAUCCACGUGCCCAUCGCCUCCGAGGAGUCCGACCUGGAGAUGCCCACAGAGGAGGAAACGGACACCUUCUCAGAGCCUGAGGAUGGCAAGAAGCCGCUGCAGCCUCUCGAUGGGAACUCCUCCGUCUGCAGCACUGUCGACUACAAGCCCCCGGAGGAGGACCCAGAAGAACAGGCCGAGGAGAACCCCGAGGGGGAGCAGCCGGAGGAGUGCUUCACCGAGGCCUGUGUGCAGCGCUUUCCCUGCCUCUACGUGGACAUCUCCCAGGGCCGAGGCAAGAAGUGGUGGACCCUCCGCCGGGCCUGCUUCAAGAUCGUGGAGCACAACUGGUUCGAGACCUUCAUUGUCUUCAUGAUUCUGCUCAGCAGUGGAGCCUUGGCCUUCGAGGACAUCCACAUCGAGCAGCGGCGAGUCAUCCGCACCAUCCUGGAGUAUGCCGACAAGGUCUUCACCUACAUCUUCAUCAUGGAGAUGCUGCUCAAGUGGGUGGCCUACGGCUUCAAGGUGUACUUUACCAACGCCUGGUGCUGGCUCGACUUCCUCAUCGUGGACGUGUCCAUCAUCAGCCUGGUGGCCAACUGGCUGGGCUACUCGGAGCUGGGACCCAUCAAAUCCCUGCGGACGCUGAGGGCCCUGCGGCCCCUGAGGGCGCUGUCUAGAUUCGAGGGCAUGAGGGUGGUGGUGAACGCCCUCCUGGGAGCCAUCCCCUCCAUCAUGAACGUGCUCCUCGUCUGCCUCAUCUUCUGGCUCAUCUUCAGCAUCAUGGGCGUCAACCUGUUUGCCGGCAAGUUCUACUACUGCAUCAACACCACCACCUCCGAGAGGUUCGACAUCUCCGAGGUCAACAACAAGUCCGAGUGCGAGAGCCUGAUGCACACAGGCCAGGUCCGCUGGCUCAAUGUCAAGGUCAACUACGACAACGUGGGUCUGGGCUACCUCUCCCUCCUGCAGGUGGCCACCUUCAAGGGCUGGAUGGACAUCAUGUAUGCAGCCGUGGACUCCCGGGAGAAGGAGGAGCAGCCGCAGUACGAGGUGAACCUCUACAUGUACCUCUACUUCGUCAUCUUCAUCAUCUUUGGCUCCUUCUUCACCCUCAACCUCUUCAUCGGCGUCAUCAUCGACAACUUCAACCAGCAGAAGAAGAAGUUUGGAGGGAAAGACAUCUUCAUGACGGAGGAACAGAAGAAGUACUAUAACGCCAUGAAAAAGCUUGGCUCCAAGAAGCCUCAGAAGCCAAUUCCCCGGCCCCAGAACAAGAUUCAGGGCAUGGUGUACGACCUGGUGACGAAGCAGGCGUUCGACAUCACCAUCAUGAUCCUUAUCUGCCUCAACAUGGUCACCAUGAUGGUGGAGACGGACGACCAGAGCCAGCUCAAGGUGGACAUCCUCUACAACAUCAACAUGGUCUUCAUCAUCGUCUUCACGGGCGAGUGUGUGCUCAAGAUGCUGGCCCUGCGCCAGUACUACUUCACCAUCGGCUGGAACAUCUUCGACUUUGUGGUUGUCAUCCUGUCCAUCGUGGGCCUCGCGCUCUCCGACCUGAUCCAGAAAUACUUCGUUUCACCCACGCUUUUCCGCGUCAUCCGCCUGGCGCGCAUCGGGCGCGUCCUGCGUCUGAUCCGCGGGGCCAAGGGCAUCCGGACGCUGCUCUUUGCCCUCAUGAUGUCGCUGCCCGCCCUCUUCAACAUCGGCCUCCUCCUCUUCCUGGUCAUGUUCAUCUACUCCAUCUUCGGCAUGUCCAACUUCGCCUACGUCAAGAAGGAGUCGGGCAUCGACGACAUGUUUAACUUUGAGACCUUCGGCAACAGCAUCAUCUGCCUCUUCGAGAUCACCACGUCGGCCGGCUGGGACGGGCUCCUCAACCCCAUCCUCAACAGCGGGCCCCCCGACUGUGACCCCACCCUGGAGAACCCAGGCACCAGCGUCAAGGGCGACUGCGGCAACCCCUCCAUCGGCAUCUGCUUCUUCUGCAGCUACAUCAUCAUCUCCUUCCUCAUCGUGGUCAACAUGUACAUUGCCAUCAUCCUGGAGAACUUCAAUGUGGCCACGGAGGAGAGCAGCGAGCCUCUCGGGGAGGAUGACUUCGAGAUGUUCUACGAGACGUGGGAGAAGUUUGACCCCGACGCCACGCAGUUCAUCGACUACAGCCGCCUCUCCGACUUCGUGGACACCCUGCAGGAGCCGCUGAGGAUCGCCAAGCCCAACAAGAUCAAGCUCAUCACGAUGGACCUGCCCAUGGUGCCGGGGGACAAGAUCCACUGCCUGGACAUCCUCUUCGCCCUGACCAAAGAGGUCCUGGGCGACUCUGGGGAGAUGGACGCGCUCAAGGAGACCAUGGAGGAGAAGUUCAUGGCCGCCAACCCCUCCAAGGUCUCCUACGAGCCCAUCACCACCACCCUCAAGAGGAAGCACGAGGAAGUGUGCGCCAUCAAGAUCCAGAGGGCCUACCGCCGGCACCUGCUGCAGCGCUCCCUGAAACAGGCGUCCUACAUGUACCGCCACAGCCAGGACGGCAGCGGGGACGGGGCCCCCGAGAAGGAGGGGCUGGUUGCCGACACCAUGAGCAAGAUGUAUGGCCCUGAGAACGGGAACAGCAGUGUGCGGAGCAAGGGGGAGGGGAGGGGCUCGGCAGGGGACCCUGGACCUGCCACGGGGCUCACGUCCAUCAGCCCUGCGGACACUGCCCUCCCUCUCGCCCCUCCCCCGGGGCAGACGGUGCGCCCAGGGGUCAAAGAGUCUCUUGUCUAGCAGGCAGCGGUGAGGUGGCCAGCGGGGCCUGGCACAGCCCCAAAGCCCCCCUGCGGUGCCCGCUGCUGAGGGAGCGAGGGCUUCGCAUCUGGGACUGAUCCAGCUCCCUGUUGGGGCCAGGAUUUGGCCGUGCUAGGCUGUCCCCCAGGCCGUGGAAAACAGGGAUUGUACCUGAAGGCUCCACUCUGAGCCAGAGGCUGCUGCCUCCUUGGUUGUACCUUCAAGCUGCUCUCACCUCCUCGUGGGCCCUGCUGCCCUCCUCGUGGCCCCAGGGGAGGGCAGGACAUCAGAAUCUCUGCUCCCUCCUUGGGGAGGAGCUGGCCUGUGAUGGAGGGAUUGGCUGCCCUCCUGCCACCAGAGUCUUAAGGGCUACUGACCUCUCCCCAGGAAGUGGCUCAGGCGCCCCCACGCUCAGCUCCCUCCAGGACAAGGAAGUCUUAACCUCAGUGAGGGCAGACGCCUGACCCCAGGGCCUGCCAGCCCUCCCCCUCCCCCGACUCUGGAAUACAGCUUCACCCGGCCAGCUCAGGAAUUCUCUGGAAAAGGGAAACAUCACUGGUCCAGAAAUGGCUCCACAAACCUGAUGGGCCUCUGGAUGCUGACACACUGGGCCGGGUUGUGGCCCCGGAAACCCUUCCCCGAGCUGUGCAUCGCCCAGGCCCCCGGCUCCCUGGCUGGCCCCUGGGAGAACAGCAGAAGGGAGGACGCGUCUUGGGAAUUGUCUUUUUCUAGAAAGCACGGGUGGGUAGCCCAGGUUGGAUCCCACCAGUGUAUCGCUACACUGGGGGCUUUCUUGGCCUGAGCACCCAGAUCUCGAGUGGGGUCGGGGACCCUGGUGCUCAGGAAGAAGACUCCCUUCCCUCCCAUCCUCCCUCCCUCCCUCCUCCAUCAGCACCACUGGGGCUCCCGGCAGCCUCACCGACCCCAGCGGUCUCCUCCUCAUCCCCACCACACCCAUCUCUUCCUCCCUCCUCAUCCUUUUUCCCCUCCUCAGAGUGAUCCUGAGAAUGUUCUAGCUGAGCCCAUGUUCAAGGUUUCCACACUGAGGGAGGCACUGCUCACCUGGCUCAGGCCCAGCCUUCCAACUUCCUCCCACCUGGGAAGCCGGGCAGCACUUCUGCUGGCACUGCUGACCGUGGCGGUGCCAGGCCUCUGCCGGCUCCCAAGAACAGAGGCUGAGCUUGGAGGAGGGGUGAGACACCGGCUCAGGGGUCGUUGCUAGAUUUACUCACCUGUGUGUGUGCCCAUGUGUCGGCUUUAUGGCUGUGCGUAUAGCUGUGUGUGUGUGUGUGUGUGUGUGUGUGUGUGUACCACUAUGUCCCUCGGAGCCUGCAUUUGCGUGAGUGUAUGAGUAUAUUUGUGUAUGUGUGUGUCAGUGUGCCCUGCAGUGUCUGGCUGGUGUGUGUGUGUGUGUGUGUGUGUGUCCUCUGUAGGCCUGUCCGAUUGAGUGUCCCUGUGCUGUGAGUGUGUCUGUGAGUGUGAACACAUGUGGUAAGGUUUGCACGUUGAGUCCCCUUUUGCCCUAGUUCCUCUUCUUUUUCUUCUUGUUUCUUGUGAACAGUUUGAUUAAAACUCAGGAAGCAGCAAAACCUCCAAAACAACAUGUGUGUGUGUUUGCGUGUGUGCACACCCACAGGCCAGAGCCUUCCUCUCUGGCUGCCCCGCUUGCCGGCCUCCUUACCGCCCUGCCUGGGCAUCCCUCUCUCUCACCCCCGUGAGUCCACUCUUCUGCCUUCCUCCACUCCUUUUCCUCACACCCACCGCCGCCUGGGUCCUCUCUGGAAGGAGGCCCCCGCUCCUUCCGUCUCUUCCUGCAGCAAUUCUGGCUCUUUCUGCAGAAGUUCAUCCUGCAGGGGUCAGCCUCCUCUCUGACCAGCACCCUGCCCACUGCCUUUCGUGCCUCCUUGGGGCCCGGACUAGUGUGGCUCCAAGAGCCUCAGCCUCUGCCGGACUGGACUUUCCACCGGACGGUGUGCAGACGGCAGAGCCAGCGUGGCUGAGUGGGGUCCAGGCCUCCCCCUGCGUGUGGCCUCCUCCCCUGCAGACCCACACCCAUCGCGCCUUGACCGGGUGGGAACAGGCCCAGGCCAGGCCAGCAGACAGGUUCCUUUGUACAGUUCUUAUAAUAAACCU